AUGCCACUUGAUACCAUAUACAUCACUCGCCAUGGGCACCGUCUCAAUUGGACAAUCGAUCUCCACACCGGAACCUACAAGUCACAAUUCCCGACUCCAACUGGGAAUCCCGCGGACCCUUCAUUGACAUCUUAUGGUAUAAAUCAAUCGCAUGAACUUUCUGCGCACAUUGGCGGUCCGGCAUUCCACCCGAAGCCCUUUCGAGUCUACUCCAGCCCGUUUUAUCGGUGCUUGCAGACAAUCCAGCCGUCUGUUGAAGAACUGAGGAAGCAAAGCCAGCAGGAUGCAGUUUGCGACACAGGUCUAGGUCGCAUUGACCCGGCUUCAAACUUUGAUGUUCGAAUUGAGAAUGGGGUCGGUGAAUGGUUCGGUCCAACAACCUUCUUCGAACACCCGCCCCAUCCAACCCCUGAAACAAUGCAGCAGCACUUCCCAUCCAUCGUCCCCCAAGACCCAUCAACAAACUAUAGCCCUCUCCUUCACCCCUCCCGACGUGGCGAGACCAUUCUCCAGCUCCAUAACCGUGUUGCAACAACCUUGGAAGGUAUAAUCGCGGAUCUGGACGCCGAAAUCGCCGCUCUGGAAGCAGAUAUCCCAGUCGAGCGACGGACGAGUAAAUCCGUGCUGAUCUGUUCGCAUGCCGCAACCAUUAUUGCGAUGGGCCGUGCCUUGACGGGUCGAAUGCCGGAGGAUUCGUCUGAGGAAGAUUUCUUCGUCUUCACGACUGGAUUGAGUACGUUUCGCCGACGCGGAACCAACUCAGCUGGGAAACGCGUAACAAGUUCACCGGAUGAUUUAGCCGAAGAGACAAAACUUCUCCGUGUCCAAGGUGUUCCGGAGUGGAUAGGCCAUGGUGUCGGGGGUGGAUGGGACUGUCUGAAGAAUGGAGACUGCACAUUUUUGAGUGGUGGUGCUGAGCGAGGAUGGCACUUUAACGGAGAGGAAGGUUUUGAUACUGCCCCUAUGGCUCCGGCUCCGGAACCAUUCGCGACCAAGCUUUGA